AUAGCCUCUCGUUACGCGCGCCGUAUACAGUCGAAAGACCAUGUCCAACUCUCCCCCCGCCCCGAUGUACCACGGGCUACAAACCGUACAACCCGCACCCGUAGCUCAAUCCCAUCAGGCUUGGGACGAGGAUGAGCUUCUUGGACUCCUGACGGACCUCCGAUGCUUCAACUUCACUGGUCUGCCGCGGCCUGAAGGUACCACGCUAUCGGCAAUCGCCGACAUUGUGUUGACCACGUUGACCCCGACUGGUGCAACCAGACUGUUCACUCCUGUACAGGUCAAGAGAGGCGUUCUCUACCUUUUCGCGCAUAUCACGAGGGUUCUUAAGACUCGGGGUGGCUACAGCGGUAACAACUACUUCUGGCGUAUGGCCUGGGACGAGGGUCAUUGGUCCAGACUAAGCCCUAGAUACUCGACCCAUAGGGCAAUUGAGAGCGCGGUGCUCUUCUACACCUCCGCGUUCAAGAACCACUUCCAGCGCACCGGAGGUCAGAGUGCGCGUUACCCCAUGAGCUCCGACACGAUCGAGGAACUGCCCGCCGUCACAUGGGUUAUGGAGUGGCUUCGUAUCGCCAACGGAGUAGAGUACCACGUCGCCAUUGCGCCGGGCAACCCGACCAACGCCGCAGCGCCUAAUCCACAACAGGAGCUUGCCAACGACGAAUUCGAUAUUAAGGUUGAACUAGAGAUUUCCCAGCACGACGCCCGAAUCGCCGAGGCCGAGCGCGACGAUGCUCUUCGCCAGCGAGACGCUGCUAUACGUGAGAGAGACCAGGCCGCUAGAGGUGCCGAGGACGCCAGAUCUGAGGUUGCGGCGGUGCAUGCGAAACACAACCAAACGUACGGCACUAUGCGCAAGACUGCGGCGGAGCUUGAAGCCUCAAAGGAUCUCAUCCGUGCACUCAAGCAACAGGUUGAAGACCUGUCCCGUCAACUUGCGACAGAAAGCCAGCUGUGAGUGUGGAGACGUAUAAGGCCAGACUUUGCGAGGUUAAGGGGGAUUAUGGAGCAUUAUGAGAUGGAGUUAGGAAUUCAUACGGAUGGUUGCUCUUUUUUUCUGUAACAGGUUGAUAUCCCGCUGGCCUUAGCUAGGCAAUGGUGCACACAUGGCAUGUAAUUCGAUUUUUUAGUCAAUGAUA